AUGGCCCCCGAUGGCACGGCACGCAUGAGCACGUCAGUGGAAGCGCCGACUGCGGGGAGUGGCUUUGCCGCCGUUCGAGCGAUGCAAGAGAAGCUCACGAUAGAGGAGGUUCGCGUCGUCCUCGAGGAGAUCGGGGCGGAGGGCGCUAUGAAGAAUCAGGACGCGUUCCGCGCGCUUCUGCAGAAGAAGGAUGAGAAGCUUUCAAUGGCAGCCCAGCUCGUGAGGGAGAGCACCGUCGCCAACAAGUGUUGUCUUGCUGAUGUUCUUGCAGAUUUGGCGACGACGUCUCCUCUACCCGCUGACGUGACCACUUGGCUUACCUCGCGCCUCCGCUCUUUUCAGCCAGACGAAGCUAGCACCUACACGGAGGCGGUCUUGGAGGGUUUGGUGAUGAAGUGCGACGAGUUUGAGAAUAUUCAUUUGCUAAAGUCGGAGCGUCUUCACCCCGAAGCAUGGAACUUUCGGAAGACGAACACUGCAGAUCUGCCAGUGUUUGGCAGCGGGCAGUGCCACCUGGAUGGGAUAAAGUUCUUGGCCAAGGAUUUGAAAGAGAAGGGCUACGACAAGGUCCUCUGGUUCAACAUGCGCGAGGAGCCCCAGCGGCUGUGUAAGGACUGCGUGGCGGCGGCCGACAACACAGAAGGGAAGACUCUGCCCGUGUACUACCAGGUCGGAGCCGGAGACAAUAUCGAGAAACAGUUGAAGGCGCCAGCGGAUCGCUCGUUUACCGUGCGGGAUGCGUACGACCACCUCAAGACUGAAGCUGGUAUGCCAGAGCUUAUCUAUAGCCGCGUGCCCAUCGCUGACGAGACCGCGCCAGAGGAAGGAGAUUUUGACCAGCUCGUGAGAGAGCUGAAGCCACUCGCGCGCAGGGGCGUGAAAAACGACACAGCGCUUGUCUUCAACUGCCAAAUGGGCCGGGGCCGCACGACGACGGGAAUGGUCUGUGGGUCCAUUCUCCUCCUGGCGGCGAGGGGAUGGACCCCGCCGAAGGAUGUGCCGCAGCUUCCGGAGCCUUCGGCCAAGGAGCGCAACCGCACGCGCGGGGAGUUCACAUCGGUCCUGGAGCUGCUCCGCCUGGCCGGCAUGGCAAUGGCGGGGCGCGGUCUGGCGGCGAAGCUCCUGGCCGACCAGUGUUGCGACGACUGCGGCCACGCCCAGAACAUGGUGGAGGCCAUCGUGCAGUGCACGGACGCUGCCUCGAAGGCGGAGCCGGGAGCGGCACGCUCGCCCGAGUUCUGGGCGAAGCGGGCGCACAACUACCUGGAGCGCUACGCCUACGUCCUCCUCUUCGCCGCCUACGCGCUCGAGGACGUGCACAGCGGCUUCGAGAGGUCCUUCGGCGAAUGGAGCCGAAGCCACUGGCAGUUCAAGCGUGUCAUCAAGCACCAGACGUUGGAGCACGCAGUGGGCCACCGCCGGACGCACCCCGCCGGCCUCCUGGCCACCGCUGGCGAGCAGGCGACGCCAGCCACUGAGGCGGUGGAGCACCUGCGGCAUCCGCGCGACGGGGCGGUGCUGAGGCUGAUCUUCAACGACGCGCGGCGGCGCCACGUGGCCAGGGCCACCUACCAAGACCGCGCGGCGGGGCUGGCUCCGGUAUGCCCGCUGGGCUCCGGGGCCGCCUCGCAGGACGUGGUCGCCGCGGCCCGGAAGUGCGUCAAGUCCGCCCACCUCCUCCGCGAGCUGCCCCCCGCCGCCCAUGCCACCAGGGUCCGCACCAACGCCACGGAGCGGCUGCCGCCCGUCCGGGCGAAGACGCUGGCGGUGGACAGGUUUCAGAACCUCCGCGUGCAGGUCCAGAAGGAGCACGCGAAGCAG